ACUGCGAGUAGUGUGAGGGUCGCAAUAUCCGAGUGCAGACUCAGAGUAGUGGUGCACCAAUUUUCUACGUCUUUUCCUUUUCUUCAAAUUAUCUACGUGUUCGGGUUAACCGACUAAAGAAUUGGAGAGGUCCACGUGUCCCCAUAACUCGUAAAUAUCACGAAAUAAUGUCCGAACCGGGGGGCCCUGUUUCUCCCAGUUCCGCCGAGUCAACUCUGUCGAGCGCCCAUCGCCGACCACCACCCGCCGCUGUGCUCGAUUUCCGUCUUCCACCGUAUUUCUUCCGGCGAUUCCCCUAAAUCCUCUCGCCGGAAGAAAAAAGUUACCUCUACGACGAAAUCAAGAACAUCAAACACUAGUUUAACCAAGGGGAAGGCCGAAUUAUAAACUGGUGGUUCCGAUGGCUGCUUCAGAAGCAGCCUUACAAGUUCUGUUUGGGGCAGUACCAUCGCAAACUUAUACAAACUUGAGAUCAACUUCACUGCUUUCCUGUAAGUAUAGCUUCAAGAGCCAAAAAUGCACAUCACAAAAGGCCCGGGGGAUUUUUCGAAUUUAUGCGGGAAGCCAUGUGAUUAGAAAGACAGAUGGUACUUUUCGAGGGGGACAAAAUAAUCAAUCAAAACCUCUGCGUUGCAAUUGCACUGGGGCUGAAAGUGUUUGGGAGGCUUCUAGGGAUGAUGGAAGUAAAGGAGUGGUCAAUGGUGUGGCCAAGGAUCUUGAUAAUCAAAGUCUUGAGGCAACACAGCAUUUCAAAUAUGAAAAGGAAGAUCUUCUGUCUAAUGAUAAAUUAGCAUCAGAUACAGCAGUGGGUAAGACCUUUAGUGGAGCUGGUGCAAACUCUUUGGAGGAUGAAGCAUGGAAUUUGUUGCGAGCAUCAAUGGUGUAUUAUUGUGGCAAUCCAGUUGGAACCAUCGCUGCUAAUGAUCCAAGUGACUCAAACACUCUCAACUAUGAUCAAGUGUUUAUUCGUGAUUUUAUACCUUCUGGGAUCGCUUUCCUAUUAAAGGGAGAAUAUGAAAUUGUUAGGAACUUUAUCCUUCACACUUUGCAGCUGCAGAGUUGGGAAAAAACCAUGGAUUGCCAUAGUCCUGGACAAGGACUAAUGCCAGCAAGUUUUAAAGUGCGUGUUGUGCCUCUAGAUGGUGAUGAUUCUGCUACUGAAGAGGUCUUAGAUCCUGACUUUGGUGAAGCAGCAAUUGGUCGGGUAGCACCAGUUGAUUCUGGUUUGUGGUGGAUCAUAUUGUUACGCGCAUAUGGAAAAUGCUCUGGAGACCUUUCAGUCCAGGAAAGGAUUGAUGUACAGACAGGCAUUAAGAUGAUUUUAAAGCUUUGUUUAGCAGAUGGUUUCGAUAUGUUUCCAACUUUACUGGUAACAGAUGGAUCAUGCAUGAUAGACCGUCGCAUGGGUAUCCAUGGCCACCCACUUGAAAUUCAGGCGUUAUUCUAUUCAGCUCUGCUGUGUGCACGCGAGAUGCUUGCCCCGGAGGAUGCUUCUGCUGACCUUGUCAGGGCGCUUAACAAUCGUUUAGUAGCUUUAUCGAUUCACAUCCGAGAGUACUAUUGGAUUGACAUGAAGAAGCUGAAUGAAAUUUAUCGAUACAAGACAGAAGAGUACUCUUUUGAUGCGGUUAACAAGUUCAACAUCUACCCAGAUCAAAUUCCUCCGUGGCUUGUGGAAUGGAUGCCAAACAAAGGAGGCUAUCUUAUCGGAAACCUGCAGCCUGCACACAUGGACUUCCGUUUCUUUUCACUGGGAAAUUUGUGGGCUAUAGUCUGCAGUCUCGCUACAGCAGAUCAGUCACACGCGAUAUUAGAUCUUAUUGAAGCCAAAUGGUCUGAUCUAGUGGCUGACAUGCCGCUAAAAAUUUGUUACCCUGCUCUAGAGGGCCAGGAAUGGCGAAUAAUCACGGGCAGCGAUCCAAAAAACACUCCUUGGUCUUACCACAAUGGAGGUUCCUGGCCAACCUUGAUCUGGCAGCUGACUGUGGCGUGCAUAAAAAUGAAUAGACCAGAGAUUGCUGAAAAGGCGAUCAGAGCUGCUGAAAAACGUUUAGCGAGAGACAAGUGGCCUGAAUACUAUGACAGUAAAGGAGCAAGAUUCAUAGGGAAACAGGCACACCUCUUCCAGACCUGGUCUAUUGCCGGAUAUCUGGUGGCAAAACUCCUUAUUGCAAACCCGAGUGCUGCAAAUAUCUUAAUUAACAUGGAGGAUGCAGAGCUACUGAGUGUCUUUUCUUGGGCACUAAAUGCUAAUCCAAGGGGAAAACGUUCCCGAAAAGGACCAAAGCAGAGCUUCAUCAUAUGAAUUCGUAUAUCAAACAUGAAAGCUGCGAAGAUCUGUAAGAGCAAGAAAUGCCAUAUGCCAUAAUCUGUUUUGAACCUUGUCUGCCUGCUGUUGCUGGGGCCGUGUGUCAAUUACAAGAUCUGAGUGGAGAGACAGAGGCAAGUAAUAUAGGAUCUCAUUCAUAGUUCAGCUCUGUAUAUGGUGAGCUGUUAUAGAAGUAUAUCAUUCAUGAACUUAUGAUAGCACUUAGGUGCGCUUUUCUCGUUCAUUUUUUAUUAUCUCCGCCGGGUGAUAUAACUUAGGGAAUUUUGUUGGCUGUAAGUUGACGUCUGUAUCCAACUUAGUACGUUAUUGAAUUACAGGAGAUUAGCUUGUUUGUUUAU